AUGCAACCCUACAAGCCCUUCCGAGUCGUCAAAAACGAUUCCAUUGAUGACUGGGUUGCCAAUCUCGACUUGGAUGCGCUGCAAGAGUAUGGCAGAGGACACACACCCAUCAACGUCCUUGUGCUCUAUGGAUCGCUGCGAGAGAGGUCCUUCUCCCGCUUACUCGCUUUCGAACUCGCCAGAAUUCUCGACCGACUUGGAGCCGACGUCCGUGUUUACGACCCCACCGGACUGCCCGUCAAGGAUGGCGUGUCAGAAAACCACCCCAAAGUUCAAGAGCUGCGGGAGCUUAGUCAGUGGUCCCACGCCCAUCUUUGGGUGUCUCCGGAACAGCACGGCAAUAUCACCGCCGUUUUCAAGAACCAAAUAGACUGGAUUCCUCUCGCCCUGGGCUCUAUCAGACCUACACAGGGGAGGACACUCGCCAUCGCUCAAGUGUGUGGCGGCUCGCAGAGCUUCAACGCUGUCAAUACGCUCCGGAUCUUGGGGCGGUGGAUGCGCAUGUUUACGGUCCAGAACCAGUCGUCGGUGCCCAAAGCUUGGAUGGAGUUUGAUAGCGACGAUCGCAUGAAGCCAAGUGAUUACCGCCAGCGGGUUGUCGAUGUCGCCGAAGAGUUAUUCAAAUUCACCAACAUUCUGCGACCUCAGAUGGAGUUCCUUACUGACAGACAUAGCGAGAGAGAAGAGAAGCUGAAAAACGGAAGAUUGCUGUCCCAAGCGGAGAAGCUUCAGUAA